GCAGAUAGAAAUAGAACGUAAAAGACUACGAACAUGCUGUUAUCAUGAGGAACAGUAGGGAGCAGUGUAUUCUCAACAUGUUUAUUUGCAGAGUUCUAGGCGUUUGAACACAUCCUUGUCAAAAUUGUAACAGUGGGUUGGAGGACUGCCGACGCUUUAAACUUGAGCAGACGGAGACAGGGAAGUAGGCUACAAAGUCACAGUUUGGCGGAUGACAUUGAAAGCAGAAAUAUAGAGGAAAUGUCUUCGUGGUACAAAUCUUGGAUACUGCUUACAGGUUUUAUACUGUUCUAUGUUGCUUAUCUGUUGUUUGGCGCGUUCGUUUUCUCCACCAUCGAACGGCCGGUGGAGGACAAACUUAAAAGAGAUAUACAAGUCCUGAAAGAAGAGUUUCUCAACCAAAGUUGCGUCAAUGCAACAUCACUUGAACACUUUUUGGAGGGAGUUUUACAAGCCAAUAAGUAUGGGAUUUCUAUCCUUCCGAAUUCUUCUGCGAGUUCUAAUUGGGACUUGGCAUCCUCUUUGUUCUUCGCAAACACUUUAGUAACGACAGUCGGAUAUGGGCACACUACACCCCUGUCAGACACAGGCAAAGCCUUCUCCAUCUUCUAUGCCCUGCUGGGAGUGCCCUUCACCAUGCUGGUGCUCACCGCCUGCGUCCAGAGGCUCAUGCACCUGGUGACCUACGGACCCAUCAGCAUGUGCCGCCAGAAGAUCGGCCUGGAACCUCUCGCCGCCACUGCCAUCCACUUCGCCAUCCUGCUGCUGGUGGUGGUGCUGGGCUUCUUUGUGGUACCCGCCGUGGUGUUCAGCUACAUCGAGGACACCUGGUCCUUCCUGGACGCCAUAUACUUCUGCUUCAUCACGCUGUGUACCAUCGGCCUGGGCGACUACGUGCCCGGCGAGAAGCCCGGACAGAAUUUCAGAUCGCUGUACAAGAUCUCUGUGAUGGUGUACCUGUUUGUAGGGCUGAUGAUGAUGUACCUGGUCCUGCGUGCCUUCCACCGGAUGGCCGACCUGCAUGGCCUGACUUCUUUCUUCCAGCUCCCCCACUGUGAUGAGGAUAUAGAGGAGGACAAGGAGCCCAUCAUCGAGGCCGGCCACGAGGACCAGCAUGAGGCGGAGGACUCGGCCAAGCCCCUGGAUCCGGCCUCCCAGACCUCCUAUAACACCAUCAACCGAUAAGGACUCACUCCACUCUGGCCCGUUCUCCUUUACAUCAGUCAGGUCAAACAGUUAAAACAACAGUCACUGUUUUACAGCAACACAGGGAUUAGUUUAAAACCUGACACUAUAUAGGGACCAAAGACUAUCUUUACCACUGUGAGGCAACUCAUGGGUCAGGUCAGACCUUCCUGCUACGACAGCACAACUAAACCAAAGAGAAACAAAAACUCUACAGCUGCACCAGUGCACCCAGUUGACACUUGGCGAGGGUUGUUCGUCAAGGAGGGAAAAGGUUGUUAUUCCAUAACCUACAGAGAACACUUCCGGUUGGGACUGAUUCUGAUUAUUUAUCGCUUUUUUUUUGGUUUCAGACCAAAAAAUAUUUAAGUAUCAUAUACUGAUAUUUUCAUGUACCCUUUUGUGGUUUUUAGGUCAGGGUUGAUCAAAGAAGGUCAUACAGAAAUAUCUGAUAUUUCAAAACUAAACAAACUCGUUAUAGUGCCCAUCUUUUGAAGGAGUUUGUUGCCCCUCCCUAGUAACUAUGUGAAAAAGCCAUUGCUUGAGACUUUGUCUUGAGUCAUAUGAUGGAUAAUAUUCCUAGGACUAGCGUGGGCUUUUCCCGGCUUUGUUUUUGCCUGUGGUGUGACAUGGUCAUGUGUUUAAUUUUUUUUUUUUUAAAGACAAGGAUAUCAUCUGAAGGAUAGCAAAUUUAGGGAACAAAAGGAUUGAAAAUAAAAACCAAGUAUAUGUG